AUGGCAGCAACUUACAGACUUGUGGUUAGUACUGUGAACCACUACAGCAGUGUGGUGAUAGACCGGCGCUUUGAGCAAGCUAUACAUUAUUGCACUGGAACCUGUCACACCUUCGCACACGGAGUUGACUGCAUCGUGGUGCAUCGUAGCGUCUGUGCAGACUUACACAUCCCCGUGUCUCAGUUCAAAGAUGUGGAUCUGGACUCCGUGUUUCUACCCCACGAGAAUGUGUUUUCCUCAACUGACAGUGACUGUCCCCAUCAGGCCCUCGCAGGCAUACCCAGGAUCAAGAAAGGAACUACAUUUCAGAAUACCUGUAACUUAAAGGACAUUGCAGGAGAAGCAAUCAGUUUUGCCAGUGGGAAAAUAAAAGAAUUUUCUCUCGAAAAACUCAAAAACUCUAAUCAUGCAGCUUACAAAAAGGGAAGGAAAGUUAAGUCUGACUCAUUCAAUAGGAGGUCAGUUGAUUUUGACUUGCUCUGUGGCCAUUAUAACAAUGAUGGGAACUCACCAUCCUUUGGUUUACUCCGGAGUGCCUCAGUUGAGGAAAAAUCUUUGUCCCUUAGAAACUCACUUGAUAUGAACCUGACUUCGAUGUUUCUUCACAACUUUGAAGAAGACCUGGUUACUCAGAUUUUGGAAAAACAUAAAAUAGAUAAUUUUUCUUCUGGAACAGACAUAAAGGUGUGCUUGGACAUCUUGCUGAAAUGCUCUGAGGAUUUGAAAAAAUGCACAGACAUUAUAAAACAAUGCAUAAAGAAAAAGUCAGGGAGUAGCAUCAAUGAAGGAAAUGGUAAUGAUGCAGUUUCUAGCUCUGAAAUUGUCUAUAUGAAUGUAAUGACCAGGUUAGCAUCCUAUCUGAAAAAGCUACCAUUUGAACUUAUGCAAUCUGGGAAUAAUGAGGCUAUAGAUUUAACAGAACUGAUCAGUAAUAUGCCUAGUUUACAACUGACUCCCUUCUCCCCAGUAUUUGGCACUGAGCAGCCCCCUAAAUAUGAAGAUGUUGUCCAGCUCUCAGCCCCUUACCCUGGACAGUUUCAAACUAUAGAAUUACAAGAUGACAAGCAUAGUUCUAGGAAACCAGAUGCUGUAAAAUCCAUUCCAAACAACUCUACAAAUUCUUUAUGUAACUUAGAGAUAAAUGAUCCCAGAAAUCUAAAAGAUGUCCAGCUUCAGUCACAGUCAUUAACCGUGAAUGCUUUAGGAAAUGUUUCUUCUGGUGACCUAAUGGAAACCCUUUAUAUUGAAGAAGAGUCAGAUGGAAAGAAAGCGGUAGGUAAAGGACAAAGGGCAGAGAAUGGACUCAGUCAGGAAUUGUUGAAGUUAAAUGAAAAUAGAGCAGAAUUUUCAGACCAUGGUAGUCAUCUUAAAAAAUAUUCUGCCUCAGUACAAAAUGAAAUUGGUAAGAUAUUUGAGAAACCAGUAGUUAAUCUACCUAAGGAAGAUCUUAAGUCAAAAGUUCCUAAAAGUGAAGAGGAAGACCACAGAGAUUUUAUGAAUUCUAACAGUAAGGAAGAGAUAGAUAAAUUAUUAAUGGAUUUGGAAUCUUUUUCACAGAGAAUGGAGACCUCUCUAAGAGAGCCACUUGCCAAAAGUAAAAACUCUAACUCUCUAAAUAAUCAUGGUCAGUUGACUGAUCAGCUCCCUGUAGACCUUGAGCCUAAAUCUAAACACUCUUCACCCAUGGAAAAAGUCUCACCUUCCUGUCUAACAAGGAUCAUUGAAACCAAUGGACACAAAAUAGAGGAAGAGGAUCGAGCCCUCUUACUGCGAAUCCUGGAAAGCAUUGAAGACUUUGCUCAAGAACUAGUUGAAUGCAAAUCAGGCAGAGGGAGCUUAUCACAAGAAAAGGAAAUGAUGCAAAUUCUACAGGAAACCUUGACAACUUCUUCCCAGGCCAAUUUAUCAGUCUGUAGAAAUCCUGAUGGUGAUAAAAUGAAAGACACUACUUCCGUGGUUUUGAUUCAGCAGACUCCAGAGGUAAUCAAGAUCCAAAAUAAACUAGAAAAGAAACCUGGAACCCCGUUGCCACCUCCAGCCACCGUUCCAAGUACUCCCCAACCUCUCUCUCCUGUUCCUCGUGUGAGUAAGGUUGUGAACGCACCACUGUCCAUAAACAUUCCACAGUUCUACUUUCCUGAAGGACUCCCAGAUGCCUGUAAUAACCACGAACAGAUUCUAAGCAGGAUUGAAGCUGCUUUCAUGGAUAUUGAAGAUCAGAAAGCAGAUAUUUAUGAAAUGGGGAAAAUUGCCAAGGUCUGUGGCUGUCCUCUCUAUUGGAAAGCUCCCAUGUUCAGGGCUGCAGGGGGAGAGAAGACAGGAUUUGUGUCAGCACAGUCGUUUAUUGCCUUGUGGAGAAAGUUGCUGAAUAAUCAUCGUGAUGAUGCCUCUAAGUUUAUAUAUCUUCUCGCAAAGCCCAGCUGCAACUAUCUAGAACAGGAGGAUUUUAUCCCUUUACUUCAGGAUGUGGUGGAUACACACCCUGGCCUCACGUUCCUAAAAGAUGCUCCAGAAUUCCACUCCCGCUAUAUCACCACGGUUAUUCAAAGAAUAUUCUAUACAGUGAACAGAUCUUGGAGUGGGAAAAUUACUUCGACGGAGAUAAGAAAAAGCAACUUUUUGCAAACUCUAGCGCUUUUGGAAGAGGAGGAAGAUAUAAACCAAAUCACAGACUACUUUUCCUAUGAACAUUUUUAUGUUAUUUAUUGUAAAUUUUGGGAACUAGAUAGUGAUCAUGACCUCUACAUCAGCCAGGCCGAUCUGUCUCGAUACAAUGACCAGGCUUCAUCAAACAGAAUUAUUGAAAGGAUAUUCUCUGGGGCAGUAACAAGGGGAAAAACAGUACAGAAAGAGGGAAGAAUGAGCUAUGCAGAUUUUGUUUGGUUCUUGAUAUCGGAGGAAGAUAAAAGGAACCUCACCAGCAUCGAGUAUUGGUUCCGCUGCAUGGAUGUGGAUGGGGAUGGUGUGCUCUCCAUGUACGAGCUGGAGUAUUUCUAUGAGGAGCAGUGUGAACGGAUGGAAGCCAUGGGCAUCGAGCCCUUGCCGUUCCAUGAUUUGCUGUGCCAGAUGCUUGACCUGGUGAAGCCAGCCAGUGAUGGCAAAAUAACUCUACGAGAUCUGAAGAGAUGCAGAAUGGCUCACAUCUUUUAUGACACUUUUUUUAAUCUGGAGAAAUACUUAGACCAUGAACAGAGAGAUCCUUUUGCAGUCCAGAAGGAUGUGGAGAAUGAUAUGCCUGAGCCCUCCGACUGGGACAGGUUUGCUGCUGAGGAGUAUGAGACGCUUGUAGCAGAGGAGUCUGCCCAAGCACAGUUCCAGGAAGGUUCUUUUGAAGAUUAUGAAACAGAGGAACCUGCCUCUCCCUCUGAAAUUGGAAACACAGGCAAUAAAAUAGCAACCUCAAGCCUUUCAGAGAAAUGUGGAAAGCUUCAGUCAGUGGAUGAAGAAUAG